GCCAUGGGGGUCCCGGGGGGUCUCAGGUGUUGUGGGGCACAGAGGGGAUCUGGGGGGUUUUGAGUGCCGCGGGCCCCGCCCCCGGCUGGAGCCCUGCCCCUGGGCUGGGCCCUAAGGCUCCGCUGGGAAUUCCCUGUGGCCAUUUGGGGGGGAGCCUGAGGGUCCCUAUAGAUACUGCAGGGGCUGUUUUGGGGCUCUCUGGGGUUUCUUGGGGUCUCUAUUGCCCCUGCAGUGAGUCUGGGGGUGCUCUAUAGACCCUUCAGAGCCUCUGUAGGGUUUGUGGGUGUCCUUAUGGACCCUGCAUGGGUCCCCUGGAGCUCCUGGGGUCCCCUGGAGCCGCCCCGGUGUGUCUGUGGCUCCUGGCGCGCACCCGGAGGCGCUGAAGGGGCGAUGGGGCCGUGCAGGGGGGGCACAGAGCCCCGCAGGGGUCUGGGGGACCCCCAGAGACUGAGGGGUCCCAUAUGGCCCCGCGGGGGCGGGGCCAGGCUCCUAUAGCCGCUAUAGGGAUCGCUGUGGCCCCGCCCCUCGUCACGAGGCUGCGUCCCGGUCACGCCCCCGUGUGACGUCACAGGGAGUCAUGAGGGACGAGGGUGGAGCAGGAGAACCCGCCAAAAGAGGCGUCACUCUUUAGGCAAGGCCUCGCCCCCGCUGAUUGGUCGGCGCGCGGAGGCCGCGCCCCCUUCCUCCGCGCCGGGCGGUGAUUGGUGGGCGCGGCGGCGCGGUGACGUCACGGGGCGCGCGGCGCGGCAGCCCCGGAAGCGGCGGUGGCGGCGGGAGCGGGAGCGCGGCCGGUGCCCAGGACCCCUGAGCCCGCCCUUGGUGAGGGCAGGGUGGGGCAGGGCGGGGCUGUUCAGGUGCGCGGUCACCGCCCCGGCGCCCCCUGCUGGUCGCAGGUGACGCAGAGAUGGAGCCAGGGAGGACAGUGGACACGGCGUCCCCGAGCUGUCACAACAGUGGGGAUGAUGAGGAGGAAGACGUGACAUCAGCAGCAGCCAUGACAUCAUCCGUGUGUCACCCUGCUGGGAAUGAGAAGGAGGAGGACAAGGAGGUGGCAGCAGUGGUGACAGCCACAGUGUCCCUGGAGUGCCACCCCAGUGGUGAGGAGGAGGAGGAGGUGGCAGUGGCCAUGACAUCCCAAGGUGGGCCGUGUGGCAGGGAUGAGGAUGUGGUGACAGCAGAAGCAUCCACAACGUCCCAGGGCUGUCAUCCCGGUGAGGAGGAGGAGGUGACCACAGCAGGGACAUCCCUGGGGUGUCCCCCACUUGGGGAUGAGGAGGAUGUGACAACAGCAGGGACAGCAGCAGGGACAUCCCCGGGCAUUCAACCCAGUCAGGAGGAGGUGACCAUGUCAGCAACGUCCCCAGCACGUCCUCCUGUAGGGGAUGAAGAGGAGGUGACAGCAGCAGUGACAUCCCCAGGGUGUCACCCUAGUGAGGAGGAGGUGACAGCAGCGGUGACAUCCCCAGUGCAUCAUCAUGAGGAAGAGGAGGAGGUGACAGCAGCAGUGACAUCCCCAGUGUGUCACCCUGGUGAGGAAGAGGAGGAGGUGACGGCGGCGGUGACAGCAGCGGCAGCCACAUCGGCCCCGGGCGGGCGGCGCGGCGCGGACGAGGACGUGGCGGCCGCGGGCUGGCGAGCGCGGCGCAAACACGUGUUCGUGCUCAGCGAGGCGGGGAAGCCGAUCUACUCCCGGCACGGCAACGAGGAGGCACUGGCGGCCACCAUGGGUGUCAUGAUGGCCCUCGUGUCCUUCAUCCAGAGCGGCGGCAAUGCCAUCCGGGCCAUCUGCUCCGAGGACCGCACGCUGGUGUUCGAGCAGCGGGGCCCGCUGCUGCUGGUGUCGGUGUCCCGCACGCGGCAGUCGGCGGCGCAGCUGCGGCGGGAGCUGGCCUUCGUGCACGAGCAGAUCCUGUCGCUGCUGACCCGCGGCGGCAUCGCCCGCGUCUUCGCUCGACGCCGCGGCUUCGACCUGCGCCGGCUGCUGGCGGGCGCCGAGGCCGUGCUGGACCGGCUGCUCUGCGGGGCCGCGGGCGGGCGGCUCUGCGCCAGCGACCUCCACCUGCUGCUCAACCUGCUGGGCGGCGGGGCGGGCGCGGGGGCGGGCGAGGUGUGGACCCCCGUGUGCUUGCCACGUUCGCGGCAGCGGGCGCUGGCCGAGGGCGGGCGGCUCUGCGCCAGCGACCUCCACCUGCUGCUCAACCUGCUGGGCGGCGGGGCGGGCGCGGGGGCGGGCGAGGUGUGGACCCCCGUGUGCUUGCCACGUUUCAACCCCGACGGGUAUUUCUACGCGUACGCGGCGCGGCUGGGCGAGGAGGAGGAGGAGGAGGGCGUGACGCUGAUCCUGCUGUCCACGGAGCGAGAGGGAUUCUACGCGGCGGCUGCGUGCCGGCGGCAGCUGGAGGACACGCUGCGGGCGCAGGGCUGGCUGGCCGAGCUGGCGGCGGCUGUGCGAGGGGGAGCGGGGUACGGCCCCUCCCGCCCCGGCGCCCCCGAGCUCCGGCACUUCCUCUACAAGCCCUUGGAGGGGCCGGAGGAGAUGCAGCAGCUGCCGCAGUUCACCAGCCCCGAGCUGGAGGAGCCCUACACCAGCGAGGAGGAGCAGCACCGGCUCUUCGACCUGUACCACUACCUGCACAGCCGCGUGCACAGCCCGCACCGGCCCCUGCGCCUGCUCUACCACGUGGCUGAGAAGGAAACGCUGCUGGCCUGGGUGACCAGCAAGUUCGAGCUGUACAGCUGCUUCAGCCCACUGGUGACGAAGGCGGGCGCCAUCGCCGUGCUGACCAAGCUGCUGCGCUGGCUCAAGAAGGAGGAGGACUGGCUGUUCAUCCGCUACCCGGCACCGUUCUGCGCCGCGCCCGCGCGCCCCGAGGGGCCCGAGCCCGAGGGCUGACAAUAAACACUGAGACCCCA